AUGGCUGGCGGAGGAUAUCACCCAUACAAGGCCGAUCCGGCACUGGAUCGAUGGCAGAACAUGCACUCGACCAUGUACCAGCGCUUCCGCAUCACCCCAUCCAAGGCGCGCAACAUUGUGCUCUGGGGUCUCGCCGUGCCUGUGCUCACGUACUACGCCGCACAGUACACCGACGACCGAUGGGAGCUGCGUGGAAAGACGCGCCAAGACUCGUUGCUUCGUAACCCUCCCGCUGCCCCAGCAUCCGACGAAGAGUAA